CCGGCCACAACAAACCUUCUGCUCGCGAGCGCAAGAUGUGCGAACGAGUGGAGGUGCUGUGCUGAAGGGCUGAAACCCUUAGAUAAGUACCCGGUGUUCUCAAAAUGUUCAGAUUAAAAGUAAUUAUCAUUGGUCCAAUUAAGAGUGGAAAGACUACAAUUUCAAACUUCUUAGCAGAUGCCACAGAGAGCAGUGGUGGGGAAUACCAUGCUACGCAAGGCGUAAGGAUAUUACAGUUUGAAAGUGGUAACCUUGGGACAAAUAAUCAGUCAGUAAAAGCUGAGGUGGAGUUGUGGGAUUGCAGUGGUGAUCAUAAACGUUUUGAAUCCUGUUGGCCAGCUUUUCAGCAAGGUACCCAUGGAGUAGUGUUGGUAUAUGAUCCUAACACAGCUGGUCAUGUCAAUGAGUUGGAGACAUUAUUUAGCUAUUUUGUGCAGCAAACAGGACUUGACAUCAAAAAUUGUCUCAUACUUUCCAAUCCAAAAACGGCUCCUCGAUCAACCUCACUUACUUUGAGUGGUACUUUUUCUCGAGUUCACCAAACUACUGUCAACAUAGAUGAGAAUAGCAAUAAGCUAAGGUCAGAUUUUAACAACUUUUUAGCAGGCUUGAUUAGUAGAAUGCGUGAUACCAAUGAGCAAGAAGAACUGAACAUCAUGAAUGGGCUUUCAGUAUGAUAUGUUUACCUGCCGAGUGACCCACAAUAUUAUUAAGUCAUUGUCAUUGGCUUUUUAAUUGCUAGUGUAAAUGAUAUGGAUAAUACAGUAAAAAUAAGAGUAGU